UUUCUCUUGCAGUUUGGAGCAGAGUUCAGAAGGUUCUCUCUGGAUCGCUACAAGCCAGGAAAGUUUGAAGACUUCUACAAACUAAUUCUUCACAUUCAUCACAUAGCCAACCUGGAAGUGAUGAUCGGAUAUGCUGAUGUGCAUGGAGACCUUCUCCCUAUUAACAAUGAUGACAAUUUCUUCAAGGCCGUUUCAAGUGCUCACCCACUGCUCAGGGUUUUUAUCCAAAGACAAGAUGAAGUGGACUACAGCAAUUUUGGGACCAAUACGUUGUCGAGGAAGAAGAAGGCUCUGGUGACACUGCGCAAUGACAACCUCCGCCGGCGUCCUCACAUCAACAUUAGCAUGCCUCAUGAUUUUAGACCAGUGUCUUCCAUAAUCGAUGUGGACAUUCUCCCCGAAACACACAGGAGAGUGAGGCUGUAUCGACACGGGUGUGAGAAACCCUUGGGAUUUUACAUUCGUGAUGGCACCAGUGUAAGGGUGACUCCGCACGGACUGGAAAAAGUACCCGGCAUCUUCAUCUCCCGUAUGGUUCCUGGUGGCUUGGCAGAGAGCACAGGCUUGCUGGCUGUGAAUGACGAAGUCCUGGAAGUCAAUGGCAUUGAAGUAGCAGGAAAGACUCUUGACCAAGUCACAGACAUGAUGAUUGCCAACAGCCAUAAUCUCAUUAUCACAGUCAAGCCAGCAAACCAGAGGAACAAUAUUAUUCGGAGCAGUAGGAUGUCUGGUAGCUCUGGUCAGUCUACAGACAGCACUGCGAGUCACCAUAGCUUGCCUACAUCCCACGUUCUGCAGAACUUCCACCCUGAUGAAAUGGAGAGUGACGAAGAGGCUGACAUUGUCAUCGAGGGUGGUCUGGAGCCACAACACAUUCCUAAACUGCACAGCCUUACUUCCAGUAGCCUCUCUCGAAUCAAUGGCAGCAGCCUUAGCCACAGACUUCAAAGGGACCUGGUGCUCAACAACAACUCUGGCCGAGAAAGCAACGGCAACAUCCACAAAUUACUCAGUUCCUUAAAAACUGAUCCCCGACACAGUCUGGUUAUCCCCAGAGGAGGUAUCGAGGAGGACGGAACAGUCAUUACACUUUAGUAGCAAUUUCUGCAAUUCUCCUUACAGUCUUAAGUGCCAAUUGGGACAAUCUACUCGUGCAACACGUGCACAAAACAGGGAGCUGAUAUUCUCACAGACCUCACGGGUGCAGGAAAUUGUUGCUUUCUAGGAAACGUGGCAUCUGGAGUUAGACAUAAAACUGUUAUGCACUGCAAAAUUUGUCAGGAGAAAGCCAGAGUGCAAAACCUGGUUUAUGUCCUGGCCCUGAAGUGAGAACACAAAUUUGUUUUAGUUGGUAUAAACGUAAGCAGUCUGACAGGCUACCCAUGGCAGUGUUAUAUACUCGGGUUUGAAUGCAUGGGUAGAUGUAUUUAUACAUGCAUGUAUAUGAAUUAGAUUUUAUUAGUAACAGACAUGUCUAUUUGAA